AUUAGAUGGCAGGAGGAGUAAAUAUGUCUUGAUAGUACACUUAGGAAAAUAAAAACACCGAAAUGCAAAAUCAAGAGAUAUGUCAUCAUAUCUUCCACAUCAAAGUGAAGACGGGAGAUGGAUGGAUCCAUUCAUCCUCGUACAUCAUCGAAGCUGCGUCUCCCAAGUUAUCUCCACGGUCACAUCUCCCUCCUGUCUUCCUCCAAUGUGCGAUGGAUGCCAUCGACGAGGGAGACCGCACCGACCCGCUGCGUGGACCCGUUCAAACAAUGUAGCCGUUAUGACCGAGUGGGAGCGUCACUCGGUGUCGCUAUAGCCCCUUCUAACCUCCUCCCACAACCCUACUGCCAGACGCCGCCCAUCAUCAUCACUACACUUGGCUACACGAAAGAGAGGGAAAAAAAAAAAAAGAGAGAGAGGAACAGGAGGCAGACUAGCCGUUAGAAUAAGGAUAUAGCCUUCUUCCCUGAUUCCCUCAUCCCAAACAAAACAAACAUCUCAAGCAAGGAGAUCAGCGGACUUCCGACCUUCUCAUCCUCAUCGCUACUCAUCCCUCCUCUUCUUCUUUCUCCUAUUGUCUCCUUCCCAAGUUAGCAUGCGAAUGAAGAGGUGGCUGGAACAAUGCCAAAACCCAAGGGAAGGGAACAUGGAGAGACGGAAGCAGCGUAGCUCCAAGGCAGCUCCGUAUCAGCACUCCGCCACCAGGAGCAGCCUUCGCCACUUUCAGCUCGACCGGAUUUCGAUGCUGUUUCACCUCCACAUUGCCCUCUCCUUGCUGCUGGCUCUCCCCAGCCGGGCCUCCAUCGAGUCCUGGGACGGAAUCAUCAUCAGCCAGGCCGACUACCAAGGCCUCCAGGCCUUCAAGCACGCCUUGGAUGACCCCCGGGGCCUCCUUCGCAGCUGGAAUGACACCGGCCUCGAUGCCUGCUCCGGCGCCUGGUUGGGGAUCAAGUGCGUCAUGGGGAAGGUCAUCGCCAUCCAGCUCCCCUGGAGGGGACUCGGCGGCCACAUCUCCGAGAAGAUCGGCCAGCUCUCCGCCUUACGAAAGCUGAGCCUCCACGACAACUCCAUCGGCGGCCAGAUCCCUUCGGCCAUCGGUUUCUUGCCCGACCUCAGAGGCCUCUACCUCUUCAACAACCGCUUCUCCGGCGCCAUUCCUCCGUCCAUCGGCAACUGCGUCGUGCUCCAGACCGUCGAUCUCAGCAACAACUCGCUCACCGCGAGCAUUCCUUCUUCCAUUGCCAACUCCACCAAGCUGUACAGGCUGAACCUCAGCUUCAACAAUCUCUCAGGUGCCCUCCCCGUGAACAUUACUCGCUCCGCCUCGCUCACCUUCCUCUCACUUCAACAUAACCAUCUCUCUGGUCCCGUCCCUGACACUUGGGGUGCGACCAACGGCGGCAGCCAAGUCUAUCAGCUGCAGACUUUGUAUCUUGAUUACAACUCCAUCAGUGGGAAUCUCCCCAUCUCCCUCAGCAGGCUACGGAUGCUCACAGAGAUUACAGUCAGUAACAAUCGACUUAGCGGAAGCAUACCGGAAGACAUCGGCACACUGCCGAUGCUUCAAAUCUUGGAUCUUUCUCACAACAAUAUAGGAGGAAGCUUUCCUGCUACUCUGUGCAACCUGUCGUCGCUGGUCCGAUUAAAUCUCGAGGGGAACCACAUCGACAACCAGAUACCGGACGCCAUCGACGGGCUCAAGAACCUAUCGGUGCUGUCACUGAAGCGGAACCUGGUAGGCGGUGUGAUACCGGCGACACUUGGAAACAUCACUAAUCUGUCGCAGUUGGACCUGUCGGAGAACAACCUCACCGGAAAGAUCCCUGCCUCCUUGACGCACCUUACUGCUCUGACCUCGUUCAAUGUAUCGAACAACAAUUUAUCAGGCCAAGUGCCUCUUCUCCUCGCCCAGAAGUUUAACUCGAGCUCUUUCAGAGGAAACAUUCAGCUCUGUGGUUACAGCAGUUCAGUCCCUUGUCCUUCUUCUCCUGCUCCAAAUCUUCCUCCACCAUCCAACUCUGCAGGGCAACCUCACGCUAAGCUGAGCACAAGGGCGAUCAUUCUCAUAGUCGCAGGGGCAGUCCUCGCUGUGCUGCUACUGCUCUGCUGUGUUCUGCUGUGGUGCGUGAUCAGGAAAAGAAGGUCCUCGGGCAAGAAAACCGAUGGCGAUGCAGCUGCCACAGGAAGAGCCGAAAAGCCCGGGGCUGCUUCAGGAGCUGAGGUGGAGUCCGGCGGGGAGGCCGGGGGGAAGCUGGUCCACUUCGAGGGCCAGCUGGCGUUCACUGCGGACGAUCUGCUGUGCGCGACGGCGGAGAUAUUGGGAAAGAGCACUUACGGGACCGCGUACAAGGCCACCUUGGAGGAUGGGAACCAAGUUGCAGUAAAGAGACUGCGAGAGAAGAUUACCAAGAGCCAGAAGGAGUUCGAGGCGGAGGUUAGUGAGCUUGGGAAGGUUCGGCAUCAGAAUCUCUUGUCUCUGCGAGCCUAUUACUUAGGCCCCAAAGGGGAGAAGCUUCUCGUCUUCGACUUCAUGCAUAAGGGAAGCCUUGCAGCUUUUCUACAUGCUCGGGGACCUGAGAUAUCGAUAGAUUGGCCUACGAGGAUGAAGAUAGCCAAGGGCAUAACCGGGGGCCUCCUCUACCUUCACGGCGACCUAAACAUGAUCCACGGCAACCUGACAAGCAGCAACGUCCUCCUCGAUGAGAGCGCUAACGCCAAGAUCUCCGAUUUCGGGCUCUCGCGCCUGAUGACCAACGCUGCUAGCUCAACUGUGAUCGCCACAUCCGGUGUGCUCGGAUACCGAGCUCCGGAGCUGUCGAAGCUCAAGAAGGCCAACACGAAGACCGACGUCUACAGCCUCGGAGUCAUCAUGCUCGAGCUCCUGACAGGUAAGUCACCAGGGGAGGUGAUGAACGGCAUGGACCUGCCACGUUGGGUGGCCUCGACCGUGAAAGAGGAGUGGACGAACGAGGUGUUCGACCUGGAACUGAUGAGAGACGCGGAGGGGACGACGACAGGGGACGAACUGCUCAACGCCUUGAAGCUGGCCCUGCACUGCGUCGAUCCGUCACCGGCGGCCCGGCCGGAGGUCCAGCAAGUCCUACAGCAGCUGGAGGAGAUCAAACCGGAUGCUGCUGGGGGCGCUACCGGCUCCGGCGACGACGGUGGCUCCGCUACUGCAGCAUCAACGAGCAUAGAUUAGCCGAGAAUCUAUAUGAAUUCAUUACAUUAAUUCGUUGCAGCUUUAUGUCACAAUAACGUUAGUCGAAUUAUGUAUAUACAUGUCGGCUUUGGUUAUCGUUGAUCUCAGUCAUUCUUCUCCUGCCAAUUAUGCUGCUCUAUGGCAUGUACUCGGUGUGUUAGUAUAAGGUCUUGAGAAAGAACAUGUAGUAUCUCAUUUCAUCGAAACUCACAAGAAGCCGAUUUCAAA